AUGUCGGAUAGACGACCGCUUGUUUUAACAACGGGAGGCGCCGGUUAUGUCGGCAGUCACACUAUCGUAGAGCUCAUCGAGGCCGGCUACGACACUGUCAUCUUGGAUAACUUUUGCAAUGCCAGUCGUGGUAUGUUUGUUAUUUAUAUACAUAUUUUAUUCUAAAAGACUGUGCCUUUUUCGUUCGGCAGAUUGUCCUUUCGUCCUUUAUCGCCACGACUCUAAAAAGCUAGAUUGGACAGUGUAAUUAGCCUAAACCUUCUCUUUUAUUUCCCCUAUGUGAAUUGAAGAUCGCUCUCUGGAGUGAUCGUGGGAUCGCCGUUUUCUAACGCGACGCACAGUUCUUUCUGCCAGUCACAUCUAGACUUGCGGUCCUCAGGAAUCGGACUGUUACUGAAGUUUCCACCAAGUUUCGCUGUUGCCUUACCAGCAGAGAUAUUUAUCUGAGUUCUGGGGCGCAUUGUGAGAAGGAAGUUCAAAAAAUCAGAAAGCGAUCAUAACAAGCUUCUUUUUCAAAACUCCGCCCAGACACGUGUAGUUUACCCCCUUACCCCCCCGUGGACAUUAGACUCUCACCGGUCUUGAUGGAAAACAACUGCGUUGCAUUCUACAAACAGAUACCACAAGAGAAAAGCCUGUACUUCAUGUCCCUGCUUAACAGAUAUCUUAUAGGAGACGUCAGGACGGCCACUUUCGUGCAUCAUUAGGCGGACUCUAAUUAUCAUCAUGCCAUAUCGCUGCUGUCAGAACUCCGGACUCUCUUAGCCAGAGAACCUACAUGAUGCGGUCGUUUCUGAACAUUCUCCAGAGUUAUCAUGACAAAGUUUUGUGGGCAACUCGUUCCCCUUUUGCGUUCGUCGUUUUUUGGGGGUUUGCAAUCAGAGCACAAGCAACCUUUCUCUGUUACCAGAAGCGUCCCUUUCCUUGUUCCCCCAAUCAGCUUUCCACAUCGUUCCUGUCCUAACAUUCUCAUACUUUCUCGCAAUUUUAAGGUUGUAUCCCGAAUCUGGAGAAGGUCUGCAAGACUAAACUGAAGGUUCGAGAAGUUGAUCUUCUCAACAAGGAUGCCCUCUCUGACCUGUUCACGGAGGUAGGUCUUUUAAAUGUCCACUCUUCCCCCGGUUUUCACCCCUCAAGGUAGGACGUCAGUGCCAGGGAUAAGGUUGUGGAGUUCAUUUCACAAAGACAAGGGAAAGUAUCGCGACAGCAUUUUCAGGCUUAUUCGUGUUUUCUCCGGUCUCGCGAGCGUACACGGGCCAACUUCAUCUCAGCAUGGUCUGGACGCAUGUUCGAGUUAUCGUUCAGGGGGUAUGAAAAGCCGAAGGAGGCACUGCCUCAGCCCGAAAGAACUGCCUUCCCAGUCUUCCUCGUAGUUGUCCGUUGUUGUCGUUCAGUGGGUCGCUUUGUGGCGCUCGCCCUUUCGCGACCGCCUGCACUAGUACUUUUCGAGACGCCGGUCUGCCCCCCUCCCCUACCCCACUUGAGUGUAGAUGAUAGGCCUCCUGUCCUCGAGCCUCAUGUCUGCGCUCCCUCCCUAGGGGCCGUGUGCCCUCCCCCUCCCACAGUUCUCUUGACUUUGCCUUGCCAUCGCAGCACGGCGAGUGUGCGGGGGGGGGCGGGUGGUGCGGCGUGGCCUGCUUUACACAUGCAAGUCACCGCUGUUGCGCCCAUCUCAUGGGGCGCUGAUUGACGUCAUCGCUUGCGACGGUCGAGCUGUCUCAGGAGCCGUGUCACAGUCCAAGCGCGCUUCAGCCGACCUUGAGGCUUUUUGACUGACCACGAGCACUCUCCUGGCCUCAGAUAUCUUGUUUUUUUUCAGCAAAGUUUCUGUCACUUCUGCCUUCCAUUCCGCUACCCUGCUGCUCGCCUGGUAUCUCAGCAAAGUCACCACCGCUGCUGUUGAGACUCCAGUUAGCACCGGUGUAGCUGUAGACCAACAACUAAAGCAGAAGCCUCUGUGUGUGCACGUUUGUGCAUGCAGCGGUUGGCUACACGUAUCGCGAAUGCAGAUGUCUUCUAAUGCGCAUCCGACAGUGUUGGGUCUGACACGACACAUACGGACAAAGAAACCGCGCUCGCGCCCUGGCGACGGCUCACCAAAUCCGUCGCCAGUUCUGUGCAUAGUAAAUGGCAGUGUGUGUGCGUGUGUGACGUCCACGUAGAAAAGAGCCCCUCAUAACCGAAAGGAAAAAGUACUACUGACAAAGCUAGAGGAUACUGCUCUGGCAGUAUGUCACUUAUCUGCCAUCGUCAGUCAACCAUACUCUAGGUUCGGGAGACCUGAAAUUUGAACCCAGGUUUAGCUUUACGCCUUGCCCGUUGUGCCACGAGCUCACGCUCUGGUCUUUGUUAUCGAAAGUUUUCCGGCUCACGCAACUAGGUUGGAUCUGUAAACAUCGCAUCCGUAUGACUCAACAUCUGGUCAGCCGAAUGCGGCCUCUAUGACAGGAAUGUGACAGUUUACCAAGACUACACUGGAGGUAUCUUUCAAACCGAUUUGUAGCCUUCGAACAUUCCAAUCGACCAAUGCGAGCACGGACAGAAAAAGGAUUUGAAUAAAGCCCGGUUGCUAAAUGCCCUCUUGUAGCAAAAAAAACAGGAAUACAACAUUUACUUGAGUCAAACGUCGCCUUCUUAAAAAAAAAACUGGGAAUUGCAAACUGUCACCCCCUAGACAGGGUCUAGUAAGGACAACAGUGUUUACUUAGCCUAAGUACAUUUAAGAUUGCGCAUCCUUCGGGUUUAAAUUUAUCCUACAUCAUCCUACCCUUUAUGUGCGUCAAUUUUGUACUUUGAGCGCAAAUGAACUGUUGGGCUUAGAACGUGCCGUAUGCUCCCAGAACGGGCCGCCCUCCAUUAUAGAAUUUUCCUUGAAAUAAUCAUUUCUGUUGCUCGCAUGCCACACAAUCUUGCCGGCCACUCAAGCCACACUGAUAUCAAACCACUUGGACUUGACUUGGUGCUACAUUACCAAAGAGCAACUGCAGCGGGACUCAAAGACGAGAAUCGCGUCAUCCCGCCGUUUAAUAACCUUAAAAUCCGCGGAUUUUUAAACAGAAUAGUGGCUCAAUGGUAAUCUAGGCUUAUUACUGGAAAAAAUCUCACAGAGUCGGCUUUAUCCUUUCCUCCUUCGUUGUGUACCAAUAGAAAAACCGACCAGAUAUGAGCUUAAACUGGGUGGCUCUCCAGAUAUUUCUUCGUCCUCCACCUACAUCACGUGCCAUUUUCCCGACCAGCAUGAUGUAGACUUCAGUUGGACACUUGUUCAGUUAUAGGGAGCUUGACAUGCAUCACAGUCCGGCCUGAAAGCACCACUACCUGUGACUGCUAUCCUUACAGUCUAAUCUGUUGAGGAUUGUUGGGUGGGUACCCUUCCAGCAGUACCUGAACUUUAGACAGCAGUGUCCUGGUCGUGAUUCGCCCUGGUUAUCAUAGGCUCUCCUACAAGCAGCCGAUUGGGAGCUAAAAGCAAGUAGACUGAUGAGAUCUUCAUGCACUUCAACCCCGUCAACCACGAUGGCAUAAUUUCUGCCUGGUGUUUGUAACUCUUUAGUUAGAACUGUCUUUUGCUUACACACCUUUUUGGGCCUCGGUUACUUUGCAACAAAAUUUAUACGAAUGCCUUUCAAACUUCUCGACUAUUUAUGAUGAACACUGAAACCGUUACCAUUGUUGUCGUCGUUAUCGCGAGCCUCAUAAAUAGCAUCAUUAUCACACCUAACGAAAGCGCCAACACUAAUUUAGCGAUUAAUUAGUAGGAAGUUUUUGUCUUGGGUACGUGAACCCUUACCGAGGAGAAAGAUGUUUACCUAGAAGAAGACUUCUCGUCAAGAUUUUUCUGCCGUAGGUCCUGGUAGCAGCUUUCGGGUACAACCCCCCCUUUUGGUUUCUGCUAAACAGUUUACAUCUCCAGACUUUGUCAAUUGGGAUUUCUUGCGUGACUGACGUCAUUUUCCUGCCACUGCGGGUGUGAAGAUUUCUUCGACCCAUUUUGAUCACUAUACCUUCGGAGAAAUAGAUGAUACCUCUGAAAAUUCCAUUUUCGCACAUUUCAGCUAGCUGUGCAUGUAGCGAGUGUCAGGUUGUGCUAUAAACGUAUUACGGAGUCAGCUUCGGUAGCAUUUAUUGGUCCAUCUAAAGUCACUAUGUCUCUCGUAUCACGUCUGUCUGCUCCUCUUUAGUUCAAAUUCGACUUCGUCAUUCACUUCGCAGCCCUAAAGGCUGUUGGUGAGUCGGUGGCCAUUCCGCUCAACUACUACGAAAAUAACGUCACUGGUUUCAUAAACCUUCUACAGGUAGGACUACUAUUUUUGCUCACUGUCCUCACAUUUAUUUUUAUGCGUCUACUUUCCGCGUUUUUUCCACCUCGUUCGGCUUCAGGGCGUUUAUAAUUUUGCAGCCCUAAGACCGUCUUCUAUGUCUAGCUCCUCCUCCUCCACUGAUUGCGUCAUUUAGUCUAUCUGAACUUAUUUAUAACCAUUUGGUGUUUUUUCAGGCUUAAUUGACCGUCAGUAAUCCCUUUGUCGACAUCUCUUUUUAGGGGUUCGACUUUACCGAGUCAGUGAUAUUAAGGUCUGACAGUGUGGCCCGGCUUUUGUCUCAGCCAUCUGUUAGGAUGAGCAGUAACUGUAAGCCAAUAGCCGGUGACGAACAAACUUUUUUUAACUAAAGCGUACUUCUAUUGAUGACCAUAUUGUUUUACGUUUGAUCAGACCGGUCGCGGGUAGGGACACGUAUUUCACUUUCUCACACAAAGUUGAAAAUGAUUGUAUUUGUCAUCCAUCCUCACAAUACCCAUUUUGAAAUUUCUAAAUAAUUCUCUCACUCUGCGUCAAUUCCUUCAGUUUUUAUUAUAGUCAUCUGUCAAAGGCCACAGCCUGCUGCAUUUCUACCGACAUACCUACCCUCCUGCUUAGGUUACCCAAAAUUGUCAUUUGUUCUGGAAUUUAAGAUGUGUGUUCAUGAAAUGGCUUCUUUUAACCCACACCUUUGUUCCUUUCACCAGAAACUCUAGGCCUUAAGCCUUCGCAGGCGGUCGAUGAGAAACCAAUAAUUGAUAUGUGUUAUCGAAAAAGAUAGGGGAAACUGUAAUGAUUUUUUUCUGUCCCAUUUGCCACCAUCGACCAGCCAUACUCUGACUCAACUGUAACUUGGGUAGUAGGAAUCAUUACGUCCGUUUUCUCUCUCUCCAAACAAUGGCAUCUUCGAAAUUGAGCAGUUUGCUGAAAUUUAAUUCCAAGCCAACUAGUUGCACAGUCUUAAAGACUGUGUGUGACCAUUUUGUUCGGUGCUUCAUCACGAUAGCAACCAAGGCUUUGAAUAAACUGGGUAAUGUUGUUCGGCAAGCAAUCUGCGUCGUUUUUGCGUCUUCUUUGGAGGACUUUUGUGCAUUAUCACUCCCUUAAUUUGUCUAAAAUGAGUCUGUGUACUGAAAGCAAAGUCAGUUUCUCUCCAUUUUCAGGAUGACAUUUUGUCGUCCUUAUUCUUGUCUUUUUAUUUCCUAUUCCUUACUCUAGCGCGUCGUCUGUCUCCCUUUAGUUUCCCUGAACUCGUUUGGGUUUUUAAAGCCUGUCUGUUAAUUUGUGGAAGAAAAGCAUGUUUUUUUUAGACCGGAUGUCGCAUUCACAUUCGCGUUUAAUUAUGAUUUCUCGCCUUCCCCCCUCCCUCCCACCUCUAGGUUAUGGCGGCACACAAUGUUAAGAAAAUUGUCUACUCGAGUUCUUGUUGUGUUUACGGCAACCCCUCCAAGCUUCCACUGACAGAGGACUGUGAUGUUGGCAAGUGCGCCAACCCUUAUGGCACGACCAAGUACAUCGGGGAGCUGAUGUUGCGGGUAAGGUUCGCUCUACAAGAAAGUGUGUGUUUUGCAGAUUUUUUUCUGACUCACACCGCCUAUCACUGCAAACUCCCCACCAUGAUUUUCUUCUCCUAAAAGGACCUCGUCGCCUCCGAUCCCGAAUGGUCAGUCAUUAAUUUGCGUUACUUCAAUCCUGUGGGAGCGCACCCCUCUGGCCUGAUUGGUGAGGAUGCAGGCAGUGCCCCGAAGAACAUAUUUCCGUGUAUCACGAAGACAGCCAUGGGUUUAAUGAAGGAGGUGCACGUGUUUGGGAAUGAUUAUGAUACACGAGACGGCACAGGUGAGCCUAACAGCCCAUUGGUUUGGGAAUUUGGUCUACUUGCCGUUUAGGCAGGCAACUUAUGUUCGUUAUAUCAUAAAUUAGUGCGUACUUAUUUGAAACUACCAGUACUAAUUAAGGCCGAAAUAACGCAGGCGAAUCUCUGUGGGCCCAUUUUAGAAAAAUUUGCCCGACUCGCGUGUUAAUAAUCUCUGAUGGCUUUUUGGGUCCCUGGUAUAUCUGCCCCUGUGUUUGCAUCUCAAAAAUGCAACAGGUGUUCUCGGCUUCCAGUUGGCUGUUCGUCGAGUCUAAUUUUCCCCUAAUUGCAAUAAAUCUUUAGGUUGCGUGGGGGAUGAACCCACGUUUCAUGGAAUAGUAAGUAUAUUGAUCUGAGCUUUCAAACUCAUACAGGAGGCCAUCAUCAGAGAAAAUUAAAAUUCAACAGCAAGAACGCAGCUUUCAUAGUCGAACAACGAGAAAGGGAGCAGGGGUAGUGGGGGGGAGGGGUGGUAGCGUUCGCGACAAACCGGAAGUACACCACGUAUACCGAAAACAAACUACUAUGCCCUGGAGUUGGAAUUAAGGCGAACCUUCUGUCGAAAACACCCCCUAUGACGACCGUUAGUCGUUUGCAUAUAAACAAAAUUGUUUGAGAAAGCGAAAUAAAAAGACAACGACGCAUAGUGAAAGAGAGACAAUAAUACAAGGCGUCCGAGGCAUUCAUUAAACUAUCAAAUACUCGACGUAGUCUGAAUUGUAUAACGAGGGAAGACGUUUGGCUGCAGGACACUACAGAGAUCGCAAAUGCGUGCGACCCGAAAACUGAUGUUUUAGGAGAGAGUCGAGUCGCUGAGGCCCCGAAUUCGAGUGGUGCGCUCUGCCUCCUGAGCUAGCAGGAGUGUGCCUGCCAACCGGGCGAAUGAUUACUUUGUUUGACUCGUGAGGCUAGUCUGUUACAUAAUCUGGAUGCGCAGUAUUCCACUUUCAGUAGACUGUUAUGAUAAAGAAAUUUUUCCGCUCGUCUCCAAGUUAGAUUGGUAAUGGACAUCUGAGGCCCUGGAAAAGUAACUGAUACUGUAUUUUAACUUAAACUGUUAGAAAGCAAUGUUGCUCAUCUAAUGUUGAGCUUUUUGACUUGACGUCAGAGGGAUGAUCGAAGAGGUAUUUGUGACUGAUACCUGCUGGUUUUGUUUUCUUCCAGGAGUUCGCGACUAUAUACACAUUGUGGACCUUGCCAAGGGCCAUGUUGUAGCAAUGCAUCAUCUCCAGACCUUCAAAGGCUGCAAGGUUUGUUAUCCUGUCCCCUCAUCUCGUCUGUAAUGUUUUGCGCCGAUGAACAGGUUUUUAUACUGCAGACGGUACCAAAAUCUGUGCCUCGACCAAUUCCUCUUGAAGUUGUAGACUUUGAGAGUGGGCAGCCUUUUCAGCCCUGGUUUUCAGAAAGCCUGUCUGCAUUACUAAAGCAGCAAUCAGUUCUGAUUUGGGGCUGUCUGUUAAUGGAUUAUUCAACGCAGCCCUAGACGUCUUUCUUAAUAAGAAUGAUCAUAAUUUUUGUUGAUCACCCUGGAUUCACCGUGUGAGGAUGUGCUUCCAUAGUUCUUAUAGCCAUUCCCGUGUUUUUUUUACUUCCGGUCUCUUUGCCUUUUUUUCUAGGUCUACAACCUGGGAACUGGAAAAGGUUACACUGUGCUGGAGUUGAUUGAGGCCAUGAAAGCGGCCUCGGGCAAAGCGAUCAACUACAAGAUUGAACCUCGCCGUCCCGGAGACGUUUCCACUGUGUACGCGGACGCCACGCUCGCCAAGAAGGAGUUACACUGGCAGGCCAACCUCGGACUUCCCGUAUGUUCCUUCCCGACGUCUUGUGUUAUGUUUCGAGAGAGUAAAAACCCAAAUCGUGCUUUGAAAAUUUCAUUGCAUAGGACAUGGGUUUGCACCUACUCUUGAACUUUGGAACGGUCAGUAACCCACAUUCUCCCUUUCGACAUCCUCGCGUGUUUGGCCACAAUCUCUUUGCACAAAAAUUGUGUGAGGGGAUGUUGGCUGCCAAAAAGUACGCGGAGUCCAGCAUUGCUACCGCACUCUUUCCUAAAGGAAUUAUUUUAUUGGAUCCUCAUUUACUCCUACAGAAUUACGUCCGUCAAUUGUGUAUACCUCCUUCGGUCCGUUAACAUCUUUUUAAAUAUACCGUGGCACCAGAAGUGCAUAUAGACUUUCCAUCCCUGGAAAACCUACGAGACGCUAGGAAUCCUAUAACUGAGCUUUUCGAGCGGCUGUAACAUGUGCACAUUCAGCCCUGAGGGUAGCCUCUCACAGGUACCCACAAACCCCAUAAUCAUUCAGUCAGCUCGUCAGGCUGACACUAACUGCCUCUCACGUGACGCUUAGUCAUUUACGUCCACAUUGUUUUUCCUUCUCCAAAACAAAGCUGAGCCCUGAUUAUUUUCAUGUUUAUGGUACAUCCACUAUCCUAACCGCCACAUUAUUGCUUCUUCGGAAAAACGGAGCACUGGAAACUGUCACCACGUCACUUUAAUGGAGCCUGUUUCAUGGUAUCGAACAUCCUUCUAUUUGCUUAGAUUUAGCAUCAGCUUGCGCCUCCUCCAUCCCUCUUGUUUUUUUGCUUUAGGAGAUGUGCAGAGACGCUUGGAGGUGGCAGUGCGAAUAUCCGAACGGCUAUGUAUCGCCCUCUGGUGAUGUCCGCAGAUAA